AUGGCUGAAGAAAAGGUCGCCCCGGUGACCGUCGCCGGCGCUGAGCCUCGUCCGUCCUACACCGGCAGCGCCGUUCAUCCAGAUGAGAAGGGUGCCAUGGGCGGCGAGUGGACCGAGCCCGUCGUCGACACCAAGGUUCCCGAAACCGAGGACGUCAAGGGCGAGGAGGAUCUCUACCGUCCUUUGUUGAUGGACCCCAAUAUUCCGCACGAGGAGAGCAUCCUGACAGUGCGAGCUGUCGUUGUGGGCUGCAUUCUCGGCUCUCUGGUCAAUGCCUCCAACUUGUAUCUUGGAUUGAAAACCGGUUUUACGUUUAUCGCGUCAAUGUUUGGCGCUAUCUUCGGCUACGGAGUCAUCAAGAUGAUCUCCAAGUCCAACCUGCCCAUUCUUGGAGGCCCCUUCGGUCCUCAGGAGAACAGCAUCGUCCAGGCAGCCGCUACCGGUGCUGGAGGUAUCGCUGGUAUCUUCGUGGCCGGUAUCCCCGCCAUGUACCGUCUCGGAGUCAUGGACAGCACACCGUCUGGAGAUAUUGGCAAGAUCUUCACGCUGACGAUCUGCUGCUCGUUCUUUGGGCUCUUCUUCGUUACUCCUCUGCGCAAGUUCUUCAUCAUCCGUACUGCCAGAGAGCUGAGGCUCAUGUUCCCCACCAACACCGCCACGGCCCUGACUAUUCGCUCCAUGCAUGCCGGCGUUGCUGGUGCCAGAGACGCUGUUAGCAAGCUCAAGGCGCUUAGUAUCGCGUUCGGUAUCUGCAUUUGCCAUCGCGUGGCUUCUUUGUACGCUGUUGGUAUUCUCUAUGACUGGCACUUCUUCACUUGGAUUCACAUCUGGAGCGGUUACAGCUCGUGGGCGUUGAACAUUGAGUCGUGGGGUUGGUAUUUUGAGUGGACUACCGCUUUCAUUGGUUCCGGUAUGCUUAUCGGCAUGAACUCGGCCUGCUCCAUGUUCGGUGGUGCCGUUCUUGCCUGGGGUCUCAUUGGUCCUUUGCUGGUGCACUACGGCGAGUGUGUUGGACUCGAUGCCAGUGACGGGGAUCCUAAUUGGAACGGAUACUACGCCUUUACUUCGCUCAAGAACCCCCGCGAGCCAUCUCCCAGAUACUGGCUGUUAUGGCCUGGUGUGAUGGUCAUGGUGUGUGCCAGCAUGGCUGAGCUGAUUGUUCACUGGAAGAUCAUCUACAUCGGCUUUGGCGCUGGCUGGAAGUCGAUCUGCGUCUCUAUCCACACCCUGCUCAUGAAGCGCAACAAGCGUGUCAACUUCUUCGCCAAGGUUGCCGAGCGCGAGGAGAAGCUGGACGAGAACGCCAUCGCCGACCCUGCUAGACCUGACCAGCAGGUCGCCACAUGGAUCUGGGUCACUGGCCUGUUCGCCUCCAUCAUUCUCUCCAUCAUCAUCAUGGCCCUGCAAUGGGAGGUCAACGUCGGCAUCACAAUCCUCGCCCUCAUCCUCGCCUUCCUAUUCUCCUUCCUCGCCAUCCAGAUCGGUGGUGUGACGGAUCAGACUCCCCUCACGGCUGCUGCCAAGGCCUCUCAACUCGUCAUCGGUGGUGCCACCAGCGGCUCCCACUACGGCGUCCAGCACGCGCAACGUAUCAACCUCAUCUCCGCCGGUCUCGCCGCCGGUGCCGCAGACGUUGCCACGGCCCUGACCUCCGACUUCCGCACCGGUUUCCUCCUCGGAACCCCGCCCAACAAGCAGUUCAUCGCCCAGGCCAUCGGCACGUUCUGCAGUGUCUGGCUUGCCCCCGGCCUGUUCGUCCUCUUCACCACCGCCUACCCGUGCAUCAUCGACGCCGAUAUCGAGCACUGCCCCUUCGGUGUGCCGAGUGUGGCGGCGUGGCAAGCCGUCGCGAGAGUUGUCACAGAGCCAAACAUCUCUAUCCCGCUCUCUUCUGGCAUCUUUGCGGUCGUUCUGGGUAUCGUGUCGAUUCUCCAGGUCAUCGUGCGCCACUACUACCUCACUGGCCCUCGGGAGAAGUACCAGGACUUCCUGCCCAACUGGGGCGCCAUUGCCUUGUCUUUCGUCAUUCCCGGACCCGUCUUCGUCAACGCUGCCUUCCUCGGUGCUAUUAUCGCCUUCGUGUGGCGCAGAUGGAAGCCAGCGAGCUUUGAGAAGCUCGCGUACGCUGUCGCUGCUGGCAUGAUCGCUGGUGAGGGUAUGGGAGGUGUUGUGAAUGCCAUCUUGACGCUGGGCAACGUCGCUGGCGAUAGAUACGGCACCAAGGGCCUGGCCUGUCCUCUGAGUGAGUGCUAA